AUGGCGUCCCAGUCGAAGCUCGCGCUGCCGGGCGAUCGAACUCUCCGCGGCCUCAUCUCCCGGCUGACUGGCCUCUACGUCUCUAACCGCACUCGCAUCUCGCGCGCCGUGUGGAUAACCCUCUUCAUCGCCCUCGCCAACCGUAUCCGCAAUGCCAUCUCCGAGCAAAAGGCUGCCUCGGCGCGUGAAGCCGCCCAGCGCGCAGCCCGUCGCGGUACCACGUCUAGCGGCAGCGAAGAGACACCGCGAAAGAAGGUCGAGCUAAACCGCGAAUUUUUCCGUUCGCUAUUACGGCUUCUCAAGAUUGUCGUCCCCGGAUGGCGCAGCAAGGAGGCGAGGCUGCUGAUGAGCCACAGCUUCUUCCUGGUUCUGAGGACACUGAUUAGUUUGCGCGUCGCCGAGAUGGAUGGCGCUAUCGUCAAGGCCCUGGUAAAGGGUAACGGGAAGGAAUUCUUGAAGCGCAUAGUAUGGUGGAUGCUUAUCGCCGUACCUGCUACCUUUACAAAUUCCAUGCUAUCCUAUCACCAAGCCGAGCUGUCUCUCAAGUACCGAACGCGGCUUACACAGUUUAUCCACGAUAAAUACCUCUCCAACUUGACCUUUUAUGGUAUAUCGGCCUUGGACGACCGAAUAAAGAACCCUGAUCAGUUGAUCGCAGUCGAUGUGUCCAAGUUCUCGAAUAGCUUAGCUGAGUUGUAUAGCAAUCUUGCCAAGCCCAUGCUCGACAUGACCAUCUAUACAUACUCUCUCUCCAAGAGCGUUGGCGGAGAGGGUGUUGUGUUCAUGUCACUCCUCGUUCAGCUCUCAGCUAACGUCAUGAGAGCGCUCACUCCACCAUUCGGCAAAUAUGUCGCUGAUGAAGCCAGGCUGGAGGGCGAGUUCCGCUUCCAACAUUCGCGCCUCAUUGAUUAUAGCGAAGAAAUCGCCUUGUACGGUGGUCACAGCGCUGAGAAGGACACCUUGGACAAGGGCUACUUCACCCUCAUCAAGCACGUCAACUACAUUCUACGAAGGCGGUUCUAUCAUGGUUUCAUGGAGGACUUUGUCAUCAAGUACUUCUGGGGCGCUCUUGGUCUCCUGCUCUGCAGUGUCCCCGUCUUCAUCAAGAUGCCUGGCCAUAUCGCAAUGAACAUGGGUGACCGAACAGAGGCAUUCGUCACCAACAGACGAAUGCUGCUCUCUGCAUCAGACGCCUUUGGACGCAUAAUGUUCUCAUACAGGGAAGUGAUGGAGUUGGCAGGAUAUACAUCAAGAGUUGCAACCCUACUCGAUGUCAUGGAUGAUGUCCAGUCUGGGCACUUCGAGAAGAAGCUGGUGUCGUCUUCGGGCACAGAGGAUAACGAGGCUGUCCUCAAAGGACGGGGAACCGUCCACGAGAGCGAAGAUAUCACCUUUAUUGAUGUACCCAUCAUCUCUCCUAAUGGUGACGUGCUGGUUAAGGCACUGUCCUUCACCCUCAAGCAUGGAGACCACCUCCUUGUCGUCGGCCCCAACGGCUGCGGCAAGUCAUCUCUCUUCCGCAUCCUGGGCGGACUCUGGCCUGUCUACGGAGGCACCGUAUAUAAGCCACCGUUCCACGCCAUCUUCUACAUCCCCCAACGACCCUACCUCUCCCGAGGCUCCCUUCGCCAGCAGAUCAUCUACCCCGACUCUCUCCGCCAGAUGCGCGCCCGCGGUGUCACUGAUGCAGAUCUCCUCGGCUACCUGAAGACGCUCGGCCUCGAACACCUUCCCGAGAUGUACGACGAGGGCUGGGAUGCCGAGGCGGAAUGGCGCGACGUGCUCUCGGGUGGUCUCCAGCAGCGCGUGGCUAUGGCUCGCCUGUUCUACCAUCGCCCCAAGUACGCCAUCCUCGACGAGUGUACAAGCAGCGUUACCCUCGAGACGGAAAAGGCCAUGUACGACACGGCAAAGGCCCUUGGCGUCACACUCAUGACGGUCAGCCAUCGCCGCAGCCUGUGGAAGUACCACUCGCACAUCCUCCAGUUCGAUGGCCAGGGCCACUACGUCUUCACCCGACUCGACGCUGAGCGACGCCUCAAGCUCGAAGAUGAACGUGAGGAGCUCGAGGUCCGGCUGCGGCAGGUGCCCGAGCUGGAGCGUCGGAUCGCCGAGUUGACCGCUGCUUGA